CUGACGAGGGCUGGGGGCCGCCAACCACCACCCCCUCACACCCGCCCUCUCCACCCCACCCCGGGGGUGCCUGCCAUGAAUGUGGACGUGGAGUUUCACAUUCGCCACAACUACCCCUGGGCCCGCCUCCCCGCCAGCGUCAAGCAGGGUCUUGGAAACUCACAGCGAGACUAUGAGAAGCAAGUUGUACUAUAUAGUAUCCGCAAUCAGCUACGGUACCGAAAUAACUUAGUUAAGCAUGUGAAGAAAGAUGAACGCAAAUACUAUGAGGAACUGUUAAAGUACAGCAGAGAUCAUCUCAUGUUAUACCCUUACCACUUGUCUGACAUCAUGGUGAAAGGUUUGAGGAUAACACCCUUUUCAUAUUACACAGGAAUAAUGGAGGAUAUAAUGAACAGUGAAAAAAGCUAUGACUCCUUGCCCAAUUUUACUGCUGCAGAUUGCCUAAGGUUGCUUGGCAUAGGAAGAAACCAGUACAUCGAUCUAAUGAACCAGUGUAGAUCAUCAAAAAAAUUUUUCAGAAGGAAAACGGCUCGUGACCUGCUGCCCAUGAAGCCAGUAGAGAUUGCCGUAGAGGCUUGGUGGGUGGUACAAGCCGGUUACAUCACAGAGGAUGACAUAAAGAUUUGCACUACCUCUGAAAAAUCUGCUAUUGAUAAGAUCAUUGAUUCAGGUCCUCAGCUUGCUGGAUCUCUGGACUUCAAUGUAGUUCACAGCUUAUAUAAUAAAGGGUUUAUUUACCUUGACGUACCAAUUUCAGAUGACAGUUGUAUAGCAGUGCCCCCACUUGAAGGUUUUGUUAUGAACAGACUGCAGGGUGAUUAUUUUGAAACCCUGCUGUAUAAGAUAUUCGUUUCAAUAGACGAACACACAAAUGUAGCAGAGCUCGCAAAUGUCCUAGAGAUAGACCUGUCGCUGGUGAAGAAUGCUGUCUCCAUGUACUGCCGGUUAGGAUUUGCUCAUAAAAAGGGGCAAGUAAUAAAUCUGGAUAAUAUUCAUUCGUCAUGGCGGAAUGUUCCAUCAAUAAACAGGCUGAAAACUACUUUGGAUCCACAGAAGAUGCUGUUAUCCUGGGAUGGUGCCGAAAGCCGGAGUCCCGUACAAGAGACCGGGUCGUCUGCUACGGAUACAGACACAAAUAGUCAGGAUGACCAAGGUGAUACUGCCAGUGUGAGCAGCUUGAGUCUGUCUAGCGGGCACACAAAGCGCAUAGCCUUCCUGUUUGAUUCAACUCUUACGGCCUUUUUAAUGAUGGGGAAUCUCUCACCGAAUUUGAAAAGUCAUGCAGUCACGAUGUUUGAAGUUGGAAAAUUAUCAGAUGAGUCUCUGGACAGUUUCCUUGUAGAACUUGAAAAGGUUCAAAGCACGGGAGAGGGUGAAGCUCAAAGAUACUUUGAUCACGCACUUACCCUGCGAAACACUAUCCUGUUUCUGAGACACAACAAGGACCUAGUGGCUCAAGUUACCCAGCCUGAGCAGCCCAAUAAUGGUUUCCCUCUGGAUUUACUGCGCUGUGAAAGCUUGCUCGGCUUGGACCCCGCAACGUGCAGUAGAGUUUUGAACAAAAACUACACGCUGCUUGUCUCCAUGGCGCCUCUCACUAAUGAAAUCCGGCCCAUCAGCAGCUGCACGCCGCAGCAUAUUGGACCAGCUAUUCCAGAGGUCAGCUCAGUAUGGUUCAAGCUGUAUAUUUAUCAUAUUACUGGACAAGGCCCACCAUCCCUGUUGUUAUCUAAAGGAACAAGACUUCGAAAGCUUCCAGAUAUCUUUCAGGGUUAUGACCGUUUAUUAAUAACGUCUUGGGGGCAUGAUCCAGGAGUAGUCCCAACUUCAAAUGUGCUCACGAUGUUGAAUGAUGCUUUAACCCAUUCUGCUGUUCUGAUUCAGGGACAUGGUAGGCAUGGCAUGGGCGAGACGAUCCAUAUGCCAUUUCCAUUCGAUGAAACGGAACAGCAAGGAGAUUUUUCUCGGCUCAACAUGGGUGUUCAUAAAGCACUGAAGAUAUUAAGGGAAAAGAUGGAUUUGCAGCACUUCUGUGGCUAUGUAACCAUGUUGAACCCCUUCAGUCACCAUGAAAACAGAAAGCUGAGUGAUGCUUCUGAUGGAAAAGGUGAGCCAGAGCUGGCAUUCGGCUCAGAUGUAAAUGGAAGCACAGAGUCAUUUGAAAUGGUCACUGAAGAGCCAUCCAUAGAUUCAGCAGCUAAGCAAAUUCCCGAAGUUCCCACAACAGAACUGGAAUGGGUUCCCCUGGAACUGUGCUUUGGAAUUCCACUCUUUAGCUCUGAAUUAAACCGGAAAGUCUGCCGAAAAAUUGCUAGCCAUGGGCUGUGUAGCAGAGAGAGCCUUCAAAAACUGUUACAUUCCAGCAGAAAACUUUCUCUACAGGUCCUUAGCUUUGUUCAUUCAUUCCAGGAAAGCAUUUCAACUGUGGAAUUACUUUCAGAGGCCAGUUUCUCUUCUUCAACCGCAAGUUUACUUUCGCACCCGGCUUCUGCCGACACCGGCGUCCCACUUCCAGCCAAGAAUCUAAUGUUCAAGGACGGCGUAUUAUCGGAAUGGAAUGGACGGUCUCCUUCCUCUGUCCUUAUUGCAAGCGUGCCACCAGAACACCUGAAAUAGCUUGAGGGUUCACUGUGUGGUGUUCACAUUUUGCCUUUUUUCGCCUGGUAACCCACUGCAUUCGAUUUUCAGUGCCAACUUUCUCGGAAGUGUAAUGCUACCCGCAGCAUGACCUCUGCAAUGAUCGUGUUAUUAAAGUGUCUAGUGUUGCACUUAACUUGCGGGAGAUGGAUCCCCAUCUCACCUAUCUGUUACUGCAUGUCCUGCUGCGACAGAAAGCUUCUUAGCUGUCAGCCUGUCCCUCUUUUUAUCUCAAGACAAUCGAUCUUUCUUUUUUAACUGAAAGCACCCUUCCUAGGCUUUCUGAUUGUUGAAUUUGUACGCCUUCACAACAGAUAAUAGUAAUUUUAUACGUUAGCAAUGCAGACCUUAAAAUUGCUUAUAAUUUUUGUAUUGUAUUAUUAACACACAGUUAAACAGUUUUUGGCAUUAGAACGGCACAAAUGAUAUUCAAGUAGUGUAACAAAAGCAUCAGUGACUCUGGUGUUGCUAUUGGAGGGGGGUAUUAAGGAACUGUUGCUGACAUACUUAAAUAUUAGCUACUACCAACCUGAUAAGGAGAAUGGUUGGGAGAUAUUAGCAUCAAUUAGCUGUUUUGUAAAUGGUUUGAAUCUUAAACUUCAAAAGCACCUGCAGAUAUCUCAUGGAAUUUUUUUUUAGAGAUUGAAGUAAUUUUUCAUCCAUGAUGGAACCUCGCUUGUUUGAUGGAAUUACACCAGAGUUAAAUGUGGUGCUGUCUGUACAUAGAAAUCCUUGUUUAUAGACGGAGUUUCUCCGACUUUGUUUUCUUGGCACAUUUACAAUACGUCUAAAAACCUGGGGGGCCUUUUGCUCCUGCCACCUUUUUGUCCAAAGUUAACUCAGAACCUGCUCACAUGACCACUUCAUGAUGGGGUAGCUUUACAGAAAUCUCGCAGGUGACAACUUACAGCCCAUGGCCAGCCAGUUGUGUGAAUCCACCACCACCAUGUGAACACCAUGUGGAAUUCAGCUUUUCAUUUGGCGUUGCCGAAAGCUGGGUCCUGCACGUGUCGGUAGAUUCACGUCGAUUUUCAAGCACACUUUGUCAGGCUCCCGGGGAAAGUGGUUGUGUGAAUAGGCGCUAAACAGCGAAACGCACACGGGAUAGUUGAUUAACAUUGGAUACAGUCCACAAUAGGCUUGUAGUCACAGCGUGUGUUCCAUGCUGUGGAGGCUGCAGGGGAGCAUCUCUUAGUGGAUUCUUCCCUCCUGAUAACUCGACAUGGUUAUUGGAGAAAGUCCAGAAGCAGAAGCAGGUCCAGCUCACCUUGAACCUUUACCUUCCUUGUAGCAAUAGAUGGACUCAGCCAUUGUUAAGUGUAAGCAGGCCUGGAACUUCUUUGGUAAGUCUACGACACAAUCCCCUGAGGAGCUCCUUACUCCCCACUGAAACAAUCAGAGCUGCACAAGAGCACUAGGAUCACCUUGUGGGGCUCCUGCUUGUUUCAGCGGAGAUGGCUCAGGAGGAACGUUCCAGGACACCGUGGCCAUGGUGGGUGGGGUGUUUUUCUUCACCAUGAAAAAGUGUUAAUUGAAGAUUAUUGCGUUUUGAUCCUUUCUAGAUUUUAUCAAUGUUCCCUUCCUAGAAGGGCAGGAGAAAGUGUAUGCAGUGUUGUAUAACAGUUAGCUUUGUAUAGUUCAUACGAACUCUAUACUCGUGGUUCUGCUAGUUUCAGGAUCUUCGCAACAGCUGUGAAAUGUAAAAAAAUGCAGCUGUAAAAAGUUAAAAAUUAGAACCUUUGCUGUCAAAUCAAUGUGGUCUAAAAUGUUUGAUAGCGGGGCUUUUGGGAAGGGUGGCUAGUUUUGUUCUACUGGAAUAGGGUGUGUGGGGUUUUUUAGUGCACAUUUGCAGGCUUUAAUGGUAGCGAUGAUUUGGGGACCAAGAACCAUCUAAGUGACAUUCAAAUACGAUGUAGUAAUAGCAGGUUCCUUCUCUAUUUAUAUAGAUAGAUAUAUAAAAGAAUUUGUUGUGCAUACUUUGAAAAUGGGGAAAACGCGUUACAAUUAUUUUGCAUUCUAAUUACUGGAAAUUGUUCCUUCUAUACUCUUUCUUUCUUUCUUUCUUUCUUUCUUUCUUUCUUUCUUUCUUUCUUUCUCUCUUUCUUUCCUCCUCUAUUUAUACAUACUGAUUCUGGAAACAAAAGGUUCUGUUUCAUCUGAAAAGCAGGAAUGAACCAUACCUUGCAUAAACAAAGAUGGUUUCAGCCAUCUCUCCUUUCCCCCUUCUGUUUUUUCCCCUCUAUACAAUAUGAGUGGAAUUUUUUAUGCUCCAUACAGCACAGAGCUUCACCUGAUGAAAUGAGUUAGUUUGAGCAUCAGUACUUCCAGACUGCUGUGGCUGCUUCAUUGCCUUCUAAGGAAGGCAGCGGUCCAGAUGGGGAUUGACUGGUUAUAGUUCACAGCUUGUUACUCUAGUCAAAGUUUAUUAAGUGAUAAGGAAAAAAAGCACACACCACAAGACUGCCCUGCUCCUGUGCACCUAAUAAUGACCUAAUACGCAGAAAUCAACAGACUGAAGACUUUAACAGUAUGUUUUUAUCACUUGCUGGUGUCUGCAUAUCAAGGUACUCUUAUGGGCCACAAGAGCAGGUGUCAAUAAAAGAGUUGGCAGUGCUAAAGCAGUUUCUCCAAAGUCAUCUGAUCCACUUAAGAAGUGAUUUGUGAAUUGCAACUAAAAUGUUUUUCCCCGUAUCUGGAAUACCGAAAUCGAUGGCCUUUUCCCUCUUUUGCAUGAGAUCUGUCUUAAGAGGAACUGAUGUAUACACCACCUAUCAUUUCACUGUUGUUCAAUAGUCUGGGCCAUUUUACAUGAGACACAGGAGAUCUACGGUUGGAUCUUCCAACACUAUUUUUGGUUUUACUUUAAAGCAGCUAUGUGGGGUUCCAGAUAUGAUCAGAGCAACAACCAUUUUCCUGUUGUAACUUGUCCCACCAGGUGACUAUUAGCCCUGAUUCUUCUCUCCACACCUCCAGGUUAACAGUAGGGGGCAGUUUAGAUCUGGGCCGGAUCUACACUAUUGCUUUAAAGCGCUUUAUAACAAUUUUAUAGCGCUUUAAAGCAGUUAAAGCACUUUAUAACUGUUCUAAAGCGCUUUAAAGCAGUAGUGUAGAUCUGGCCCUGGAGUAUGGGGGAGGUGGGGGGGCUAACCACUUCCCACUGCCAUUGCUCUGAUAAAAUUCAGGCACUUGCCCCACUUUGCAGCUAGUUUAAGGUACAAGCAAAACAUUGGGAGAUCUAUGGAUCUCCCAGAUGUUUGGUCCUCUGAUAAAAGUUUCCAGGGAUGGAGCAGGAAGGCCUUAUUCAAAAUGAUGCAGCGACAGAGCCUUGUCAUGAUAGUGUUCGGUUUUGUGUAAACUAAAAUAUGGAAUGGCAUCCUGUGCCAAGAGUUUCAUCUGGAAAUCCCCUGAAUUUCAGGGCUUUUCUGCUACUGUUACCAAAGAGAGGCUUAAUUCCCUACAAGAACCAACUUGAGUAAAAUGUGUUACUGCUUUACUUCCUGGCCCCAAGAUACUAUCUUCACACACACACACACACACACACACACACACACACACACACACACGUUAUUCUUGUAACUAGUCUAGAAGCGUCAAUAAACCUAGUGGUAUGCGUGCUGCCAUUUUGGAUGCUGUGACCCAUCUAUGUGGAUGGUUUAAUCCCAAGAUGGCAAAACUCAAUGGAAGGGCAUUUAUUGCUAGUGCUGUCACAGCCCACAGUUCCUAAAAGAGAAUGCUUAAAGUGGGUUUAAGCGGGGAGGUGGGUGCAUAAAGGUGAAUAAUGGCUAUAUUCCGUAGAUUGUUUAUGGUGGGUGAGUUAGAAUCAUUCCAAGCCAUAUUUUUGCUCCACCCAUUCCAUUAUGGAAAAUGAAAAUGCAAAGCAGUUGCUUAAACCUGCAGUUGCUGAUCCUAUCCGCCAUUUCUGCUGUGUGUUAGGUGUGAUAUGAAAUCUGACUUCUUUAAAUAUACUGUGAACAAAGACAAAACUUGUAUUCAACCAAAAAAAUGUUUUCUUUUAAUCUGUCAGGCUUAAUUCUUUAUUUUUUAUUUUUCUCAGCAGCUUUUUACUUGUCUAGAACCAGGUUUGUGAUGUUUUAGGCCUUAAACAUUUCAUAGUUUGUGUGCUUCAUAAAUUUGGGAAUAAAUGAGACAUGUAGAAAUAAUAUUUUUUAACCAGACUCGCCUUGGAAGACUUGAGCUUUUCAAGACCAGUUUCACCGGGAUAUCCCUUCUUUAUACGUGUAUCUUUUAUUUUGCCCCCUCUCUUAACUUCCUAGCAAUUUGAAUUCUUUCUUUCAAUGGUGUUCUUAUUUUUCCUUGUAUUUCUUUCUCCAGUGUUGCUAACACCAGUUGUAUCUUUUGAAGGUUUUAAAGUGUGGGAACCUUACGACUGUAGAGCAAUUCAGUUGCUCUGUUCCUAGUCUGACAUUGAUAGUAUACCGUGACAUGUACAAAUCUUGGUAUUCAAUUAAAUUAUUGGAACAUGUAACAUAAAUGUUUACAAAUAAAACUGUGUUGCUGGUCAAA